AUGUUUGAACAUUCAAUUGCUCUUUUUUUAAGUUGGGUUCAGGGAUUCUCAAACAAGAACUUUGGCUUUAUCAACAAUCAAACUGUCUGCUACCCCUGUGGCAAUUACAUCCUCUUCUUGGACAUUGAAACAAAGAAGAUGACAGCGCUACAGUGUCAGGCUGGCCAGGUGGGAGCCUUCACAGCGAAUGGGAACAGUCACGUGUUGGCCUUUUCAGACCAGAGGCUGAAUCCCAUCAUAUAUAUCUACACUUUUCCAGAACUCACUAAACUGACAGAAUUAAAAGGUAACGCUCAGCUGGACUACACCUUGCUUGCAUUGAGUUUCACAGGUCCAUAUCUAGCCAGUUUCUCUUCCAUCCCAGAAUUUAUUCUUUCAAUAUGGAACUGGCAAGAAAAUACCCUCCUUUGCAGUGAAUCUCAGCCAGGGGUAACAGCGACAUCUAUGAGUUUUAACCCUAUGAAUUGGCAACAACUCUGUCUUGUUGAUGAGAGCAGUGUUACUGUCUGGCGUAUUGAAAGGAAUAAUGAUGAACAUCAUCUGAAGCAAAACCCUGUGAAACUCCCUGAUGCACAAGGGUCGAUGAGUCAUCAUAUGGAUUUGUUUUUCCCAAUUUCUUAUGACGAAGACCCGUACAAUGGCCCUCUUUUACCAGUUUCAGCCAUUGCUGGACUGGAAGGAGAUGAAGCAGAAACAUUCAUGCCUAGAAAUUCUAUUAAGCCUUUACUGCAUCCCACUGCCCACUGCUGGUCUGCAACCUCAGAAGUUUAUGUGGGCUGCAAAGAAGGAUGUGUUUUGGCAAUUGAUGCUAACACACGCAGUGUUUCUGUUCUUCAGCAAGAACCUCUGCCUGAUCACCUGCGUAAAAUAUCGGACGUGGUAUCGUAUGUUCAUAAAGAAGUACAGAGAAAGAAAGGUGGUAAACCAAUGGAUCUGCAAAAACCAGUUGUGUUUGGCAUGGCAUUUUGCAACGAGGGACUGUACACAGCUGGAAGUGAGGGCAUUUUGUUCUUCUAUCAAAUCAAAGGUCUGCAGUACGAGAUGAAAAUUUAUGCUGAUAUCUUACAACCCAUAUCCAGCCUCAUAUUCUCCCCUGAUUACACUGUACUUCUGCUUGUCACUGACCAGGGGACACUCUAUACUUACAAACCUGCACAUGGUGGAGAAGCUGUCAAAAUCCUGGACACAUGCAGAAGUUGUUUUCUGGCAGCUGAUUUUCUUCCAGGGGACAAGUACUGUGUGUCUGUCACAGUUUCAGGUGAAGUACAAGUUUGGUUGCUGAAAGAUGGAACUGGCCUCAGCAAGCUAAACCUUAAUGUUCAGGCAACUGCUAUGGCUUGCUGUCCCUCCUCCAACAGCGUUGCUGUAGGGACCAAAAGAGGUCAAAUCUACUUCCUUGAUGUUACGGAAGCUGAAGCUCCACGGGUUGUUCAUAUAAUUUUUGUUUCAGAAUUUCCAGUGCUGUCUUUGCAUUAUGAUCAGAGUGGCCAGUUCCUCAUCGCUAGAGCUACACAAGGACACAUCUUUAUUCUAGAUGCCCGGCCUUCAAAAUUAUUCGAAGUUCUUGGAUAUGUAGAGUUGGCAGGUGAAGUGCUGGAUCUUUCUGUACUUUCUGACUUCAAGAGUGACUUAGUUGAAGUAGUGGUACUUCUUAAUGUAGCAGCAGUCCAGGGGGCAAGACUGGAAACUUUUUGUCUAUCUUCAGCACUUGCAACAGAUAAUGAUAAGUAUGUUAAUGCACAUGGAAUGUUUAAUGCUAAUGCCAUUAAAAUGAAGCGAUAUGAUCUGGAUUACUCUCUGAGCUCAGCAGUCAGGUUGAAGGAUAACACUGUGUAUGGCUACUGCACCUGUGCACCUUUCAUCUGUAAAUACCGUCUCUCUGAAGAGAAUAUGUCAGAAGAUUCAUCAGUGUUUUUAUCAGAAAAGAGGACUCCUGGCAAUCAGCUGGGAUCAGGUUUCCUCUGUUUAUCACCCAACAGCCAGUGGCUGGCUUCAGCAGCAAAGGAUGGUGUUUUGCUCAUCUAUGAUACUUCUACUAUGGAUAUACUUGCUCAAAACCAUUGUCACUCACUUCAAGGAGGGGGAAUCAGAUCCGUGGUAUUUUCACUGGAUGGCAAAUUCAUCCUCGUUAAUGGCAAAAGUGAUGGCGCCCUGGUGUGUCUGAAAUGGAAGAAGUUAAAGAAAACUGAAGUUAAGGAAGCUGCUUCUUACUGGAAAUCUCUUGUGGCUAUACUGAGCCAGUCUACUUCAAAUGAAAAUGCUUUUUUAAAAUCUAUGGCAGAAUGGCAGUUUGACCCAGAAUCCAAAUUAGGAUCACUUCCAGAAGAGAAAGUUAAGGAGGCACCACUUAAAUCUUCCAAUGUAGAGGUGACAGAAGAAGAUGGAAACAUCACUUUGUAUUCAUCUGGAACCACUGACAUGACAUGGAUAGGGCAGAAAAUAAAGAAGGUUAUGAAAGAAGAGACCCAGAGGUUUGGUAACCAGAAGAAAGAGCUGGAAAUGGAAGUAGAAAAGCUGCGUGACACUAUUCAGAAAAUGAUGCUUGAAAAUGAACAGGUGCCAGACACUGAGAAACUAGAGCCACAGGAGUUCAACCUGGAUAUAGAAAAACAGGAAAAAGUUCAAGCAGAGGCUGAACAAAAAGUGAUUAUGACCAGGAAGGAGAUUGAGAUGGAGAAUUUAGCCAACCGCUAUGUGCAGGAUGUCAUCAAACGUGAGUGCUGGGAUGCUAUGCAUGUAAAAGGACGUGCAGUUAAGAGCUUCCAUACGGCCCAUGAAGUGAAGAACUAUCCAUUGAAGAAACGUAGUAAAGAAGAGCUGGAAACAUUGGAGAAAGUUCUCAGGUUAAAGAAGUUGGAAACAGCUGAUGUUAAGGUACAACCUCUUUGAAGUAUUGCACGAAGGCAUAUUCAGGAUGUUCUGAAAGGAGAGAAGGCAGAAGUAAUGGCUGAUGAUAGUGCAUCUUGCUGCCUGAUUGGAAGUCUGAGCUCUCAGUACGGUGGAGACACAUCUGUCCUAUACAGCCAAUGGGACUUGCACACCAGGGAGCAAAAAGUCAACCAGAUAGUAUUAUUGAAGGACAUCAUUUACAACUUGAAAACUGCUUUUAAUAAGGAAUUUGACGAAGUUGUACGACAAAAGGAGCAGGUCAUAGCACGAGUGAAAGAAAGAAACCUGAGGAUCCAUGAAAUCUUGGCACAGCUUGACCUCCAAGUGGAAGUGUGGGAGCCAGCUCUUACAGAUGAUGAGAUGCCAGAGCGAGCACUCACUGUUCAGGAUUCAGAGAUUAAAGCUGAAAAAUACUUGACUCAAGAAGAGAGAGAGAAAGCAGAAAUGCUGGCUAGGCUUCAAAUGGAAGGGCAACUUGCUGCUACGGACAGUGAGAGACUGCGUGCUCUUGAUGACAUGAUGGGUGGAAUGCUAGAAGUCAAAAAGGAAGACAUCUUGAAAAUGGAUAUUCCUCCACCUGCUUUUAUAUCCAAACCUGAGCAUAUUUGGACUGAUGAAGAAAAGAAAAUAUUUAGAGACUAUGAGAAAAAAGUCAAGAAGCUGAAUGAAGAAAAAGAAAAUUACAGAAUGUCACUGGAAGAUGAAUUGGAGAAGCUUGAAGCUUCUAUACAAGAAACAACACAGAAUUUUGAUGAGACUGUGCACAAACUCUCUGAAAAGAAAGUGAAAUUAGAGAUGGUCAUCUAUCAGGAAGAACUCAAAAUAGUCAAUCUUGUUUAUGCUCUAAUGUUGGAUGAAGAGUUGGGCACCAGAGAAAAUGGACUUCGUAAUUUCCUUAUGAAAAAGGAGAAAGAAAAAGUCAAGAUUGCAAGAACAAUCCAGAUGACAAAAAGUAAAAUUGAGGCUUACAUAGACAUCUAUGAAAAUGCCAUAGUUCAAGAGAAGAAUGUGGAAUCUAGUUUUGCAAGGGAGUUUGCUGACAUACCUGCCGAUCUCCUUGAGGAACUUCUCCAACUUUACAGGCAGCGACCAAAGACUCCAGUGAAAGAAACUGUCCUUGACACAGCUAAUCCCUAUGGGAAGUGUUUGGGCUCAGCUGAAGAUAACAAAGGCGCCCUUACCCUUUUAAUGAAAGCCAUGGAUGAACUGGAUAGUCCUGAGCACAUGCCUGAUGGCUUAGAUCUGUCUAUAUGGGAAAGUUUUUGUCUAGCUAGACGAGAGAAAAUGGAGAAUGAGGAGCUGGUGAAAUGGAAGUCCAAGACUCUGGCAGAGAUGCAGGACUUUCUCCAGAGAAGAGUAGAUGACAGUGACGUAAUUGAUUCAGAUAUAGAAGGCAUUUUCCAAGAACUCACUUGGCUGCGAGAGGAGAAGAAGAAACUUCAAUUGAAUUUGACUAUCCAGUUUUUGCUAAAGCAAGAACAGGUAGAACUGGAAAACACAGAGAUCCCAGAAUACAGUGAUGCCAUUCUCAUUAGUAAGAGCAUUAUUGAAGAACUGAAUCGCGAUAUCAUGGCUCAAGGAGAAGAAAAAAUUGCUAGCAUGGUGGAAUAUAAAGACUUCUCUAAAAAGAUAUUUCAGCUGGAAUGGGAACACAGGAAAAUGAGAAUGCAGAUAGAAGAUCUGCAACAGAAGGCUCGGGAUAUUGUAUCACUAAUUAUUUCCAAAGAUCGCCAGCUACUCCUAACUGUGCCGAACUACAAAAGCAACGUUGCCCACCGCAUUUCAGUGAUGGAGCAGACUCUUGGCAUGAUGGAUGAGCUGCACAAGAAGAAUGUGAAAAACCGCCAGAAAAAAGUUAAACAAUUGGAGAAGUGCAUCAGUUUAAAAGAGCAAGAAAACUAUGAGCUCAGCCUGGAGCUGAAAGAAAUGCUGGUCUCUACUUCAGAAAGGAGACAUAUCUUUGAGGCAGCUGACACACAGCAUAUUGCUGAAAAGGUUGCAAGGCAGCGCUACCAAGAGAUUCUGAAGCAGAAACACCUACGGGGGCAGAUCAAGGAAGAGAAAGAAGAGUCUGAAAUUCUUCAGGCACAGGUUGAAAGACUGCGAUCAAGACUAUUCCCUAUUUUUUAAAACUGAGAGUCCAGGUAGAUAUACAAUACCAUGGUCAUGGCUAAGAAAAGGAGCUUUAACAUCUACUUUUUCUCCCAGAACUUGCCUUUCCACAAACAUAAUUCUUCUGUAAUUUCUUUAAAAAGAACUUGUUUGAAAGAUGUAUGUUUGUCUGUUUUGUAUGUUUUAUACCUAUUUCAGUUCAUGAGAUUUAUUUCUGCUGUUUUGAUUAUAUAAACCCUAUAUCUCAUUGCAGAAAACAGGGUACAAGAUACUGU